AACUCUGUGGAGAGAGAGAGAGAAGGGUCCGACCCAAGGAGAAGCGGCGGCUCUUGGCGUCUGCGGCACGGAAGCCAAAGUGAAGGGCGGUGCAUUUGAUGGAGAGAGAAACAUUUGAGAGUCUGAAUGGAAAAAUCCGCGUGAGAACGCCUUUUAAGAUUGUCGGUUGGAAUGGUUCUACUCGUUGGGAUCGACAUCGAAUUCGCUGGUCUGUGGACGUUUCUUCCGUCAAAGUCCGGUCUUUAUAAGUGCUGGAUUCCUUGAUGUCCAAUCUGGUUUUCUGUUUAUAUUGGGAAGAUAGAUAGAUUUAUCUUGUGGGAAGCAUUUAAAAGAUCUAAAAAAAGGUCUUUUUGGCAUUGGAUUUGUUUUUAGUAAUCAUUCCUCUCAGAAUUGUAAAAGUUCGUGUUGUUUUAGCUGUUUUGCUUGAAGAAAGAUGGUUGGAAGUAUAGUAGGAGUCCACAGCUCUCCUCACUCCAAUGGUUCUGUUCAUUACUCCAAUGGCGCGGAGGAGAAGCUCGAUGAACUCCAUCGGCUGCUCGGCAAAUCAGAAGGCGAUCCCCUAAAGAUUGUUGGCGUAGGUGCUGGCGCUUGGGGCAGUGUCUUUGUUGCCCUGCUGCAGGAUGCCUAUGGCCACUUCCGCGAUAAGGUCCAGAUAAGGAUAUGGAGAAGGCCUGGGAGACCCGUCGAUAGGUCUACUGCAGAGCAUCUCUUCGAGGUGAUCAAUUCAAGGGAGGAUGUCUUGAGGCGUUUGAUCCGGCGAUGUGCUUACUUGAAAUAUGUUGAGGGGAGGCUCGGGGAUCGCACACUGUAUGCAGAUGAGAUCCUGAGGGAUGGCUUCUGCUUGAACAUGAUCGAUACGCCGCUUUGUCCGCUGAAGGUUGUGACAAAUUUGCAGGAGGCGGUCUGGGAUGCCGACAUCGUGGUGAAUGGUUUGCCAUCGACGGACACACGAGUGGUGUUUGAGGAGAUUGGUAGGUAUUGGAAGGAGAGGACAAGGGAUCCAGUUAUAAUAUCUUUGGCAAAGGGUAUAGAGGCAGCUUUGGAUCCAGUUCCACAUAUAAUAACUCCUACACAAAUGAUUAGCCAUGCAACUGGGGUUCCAAUUGAGAACAUUCUGUAUCUCGGAGGCCCGAAUAUUGCUUCAGAGAUUUAUAACAAGGAAUAUGCUAAUGCUCGAAUAUGUGGAGCUGUUAAGUGGAGGAAACCCCUCGCUAAGUUUUUGAGGCAGCCACAUUUCAUUGUGUGGGACAACAGUGAUCUUAUCACGCACGAGGUGAUGGGAGGACUGAAGAAUGUGUACGCCAUUGGUGCUGGGAUGGUAGCUGCUCUAACCAGCGAGAGUGCAACUAGCAAAUCAGUAUAUUUCGCUCACUGCACAUCUGAAAUGAUAUUCAUCACUCACCUUUUGGCAGAAGAACCAGAAAAACUUGCUGGUCCGUUGCUUGCAGACACUUAUGUAACCUUGUUGAAAGGUCGCAAUGCAUGGUAUGGGCAGAUGUUAGCCAAGGGCGAACUGAGUCUGGACAUGGGUGAUAGCAUCAAAGGGAAAGGGACCAUUCAGGGUGUUUCUGCUGUUGAUGCAUUUUAUGAACUCCUAAGUCAAUCCAGCUUAAGUGUGUUACAUCCUGAAGAGAACAAGCCUGUUGCUCCAGUUGAGCUGUGCCCCAUCCUGAAAACACUUUACAAGAUAUUGAUUAAAAGGGAACUUUUAACACCAGCAAUUCUUCAGGCAUUAAGAGAUGAGACCAUGUAUGAUCCUCGUGACCGAAUUGAGAUGGCACAGAGCCAUGCUCUCUAUAGACCAUCACUUCUUGGCCAACCUUGACAAGGAAUCCUCUCUUAUUGGCGGUACCAUGCGAUUGGAUGGAGAUGUCAUGCAUGUUGUUAUUUCAAUUUGUAAUGAGCUUGUGAGAGCUGUGACAUAUAAAGUAUCUGCUUGUAAUGCAUGUUAGUGAAAUUUUGUUCAUAUUGUUUGGAUCAUUAUUUCCUAUGUUACAUUUUACAGUCUUAAUAAACUUUAUUGAAAUAAGAAGAGUCGAAUAGUUUUUUAA